GGUGUCUUUCAGACUCCCGUUUGUUCCCUAAGCUCACACUGACGCCUAAGGCCCAGCCUGACUUCUCUUCGUCUCUGCAAAAUUACUGAAUCAUGGCAAGCCAACACAGAGCUUACUUCUGGGAACCUCCAAAGAACAUUGAAGAAUUCUUAAGGCUCCACAAGUUGGAAUAUUGGCCAGAGGAAAUCAUCUUUAGAGAUCAAGAUAAAUGGGCAUGCAUACUGAAGAAAAUAAAAGAAGAUAGUUCAUUUGCUUCAAUUUAUACACACCUAUGGGAAAAUGUCCCUCGAAGACAUGGUGCAGUCAGGAUCAUGGAGGCAAGAUUACAGGAAUGUUCAAUUCUUUUGAAAAACCAUGCCUCUAAAAUUCUUGAGUGGGAAAAUAUAAUUUCUGAGAAAGGUACUCCUGGAAAAUUAGAAAAAUAUGAGGCAUUUCUAAAGAAUCACCAUAAGAAAAAGAUGAUAAUGCUUUCCGAUGAAAUGGAAACAGCGAAGAAUAUAGAGGGUUGCAUCUUUGAAGGAUUCAAAACAAAUGAGCUUUCUCAACUACCCAGACACUUGGAUGCUGAACGAAUUUAUCUCUUUGUUUUAAAAGCCCAUAACUUUGAUGAAAAACUUUUUAAACUCUGGAGGAUUUAUUUUCUCUCAGAAGCCUCUAUUGCUGUUUUGCAUGAUUCCUUUUGGUGGUGGUUUCUCCAUAAAUUUAAGCCUGACAAAGAAAAUCAAGAUUUCUUGUUUGAUAGGAUUUCAGAAAGUUACGUGACACUUUUCAUAAGCAUACCUCUAAGUAAAAAGGAUGCAUUCUUUCAGGUGUAUCCUGAUUGUUUGACACAAGCUAUCUAUGUAGCAUUCCAGGAAGCAUUUCCAGAAUCCAGUGAUCUCUUUAAUGAUGAAUUUAAAGAAGAUCUAGGGAAUAACAUUUAUCUUUGGUUGUCAGGUUUGAAACCUCAAAAAGGUUUUUGGACCCAUUGGAAACUGAAAGACCUGACCACAACAACUAUACAUGGUACCAAGAAGGCACCUGCAAAAUCCCUAUACGAGAGGAUUAUAAGGAGUCAGGAACGCAUAAUGAAUACUAUAGACUUCAAUAUGACGAAAAUUUUUAAGAUCCCAUCAGGAUAUACAUUAUCUACAUCCAAGGAAGAAAUAUCAAAACCAUCAGCAAAGUCCCAUUAUAAUAGUCCUGGUCCAGAGUUUAGCCGUGUGCUCUUCAAUAUUGGAGGUCACAGUCCACUGAUUUUAUAUUAUCUUAAGAUGCAUGAGCUAACAGGUAUUUACAACACCCUUAGGCGACCCAAGAUUAGGAUCACUGAAAUAUCAAAAGAACCAUCACCUGCUCCAACGUACCGUGAUAUUAUAAAGGAGGCAAACAGACAAUUUGCAAAGAACCAAAGGGACUUGAGGAUGGAAAAGCACAGACUUAAUGAAGAAAUAAGAAUCAUAAAAGAGCGGCAGGAAAGAAUUAACAAGGAGCUUAAAAGACUCCAAGCAAAGGCUACCAAGAAGCCUUUAGAGAUUGAAAAAGACUUUAAGAAGUUCCUACAUAAACUGCGGAAUGAAGCCAAGCUUGACAGAGAACUUCUGACAUCACUGUCAUCAUCAUCAUCAACAGAAGACUAUACUGUGGAUGAAGAAGAGCACUGAGAGAAACCAGAAGUAAACUGUGUUUAAGAUACUGUACACAAGUCAAUUGUUUCAGUUUAACUGUAGCAGUAUGUUUAAUUCUAGUCCAAUCCAUGAGGUUGGGAUUGUCUUUUACAAUUCAUCUUUAAAAAUCUUACAGUCAAUAAAUCCUAGUAAAUCAUA